CGCCCCGAGGCGGAGAGGGAAUCCGUCACAAUGCUGUUAUUUUUUGUGGCGCCCCUCGCUCGCUGCUCUCUUGCUGCUCCCGCUGCUUUUGAAAAGCGGCCGGCAAAGAAGAAAGCGCCCACCCACGCACGCACGGCCUCUCGGAGCCGUUGAAGCAGGAUGUGCUGGCGCUGUUCAUGUGCGGGGGCGUUCCACGCGCGCAAUUAUGCUAAUCUUGUGUCGACGGCGUGCGGGUAAAUUAUUUUAAUGAGCCUUUCUCCCCCCUGCACGCACGCCCUCUCCGCCCCCGCUUCUCGCCGCAGUCGAGCCUCGACGACGCUCGCCCCCGGCCGCCGCCGCCGCUCCGCUGGCGAACAACGUGCGCGCCGCCUUCGCCAACUAUGCACGCGGUGCAAGCGGCAACCCCAAGGCGCCCUCGCUGGCGGACAACUACAUGCAGCUGUCUCACUUCCACCAGGUGCGCGCCCUGUGCGACAUGUCGAUGGCUGAGCAGCAGGUGCGCGAGUACCUGAACCACUGCCCGCCGCCCUCGACGACGUCCGCUGCCGCCGCCGCCGCCGCCGAAGCCGGCCAACAGGGCCCGCUUGGACCGCCACCCCAAGGGUCAGCCGGCGUGCCGCCACCCCCGCCAGGCUGCACGGGACGCAUCCUGUCCAGGAACGCCAACGGAACCAUCGCGAUGACGUCGCAGCCUACCAACGAAUCCGAGCUGCAGUUGUACAGGGUCCUCCAGCGAGCCAACCUUCUCUCCUACUACGACACCUUUAUUUGUCAAGGAGGCGACGAUGUGCAGCAGUUGUGCGAGGCGGGUGAAGAAGAGUUCCUCGAGAUCAUGGCCCUCGUGGGCAUGGCCAGCAAACCUCUUCACGUUAGAAGGUUGCAGAAGGCGCUGCAGGAGUGGGUCAACAACCCAGCCAUGUUCCAGACUCCGCUGGUGCCGUCGCUGGGCCCUCCGCCCCCGGGCCACCACCCGGCGGGUCCUCCGCCCCACCUGCAGCAGCAGCACGGCGUAUCCCCGGUGGCGCGCCCCAUGGGCCUGGCGCCCCCGCUGCGGCCGCCCGUCAGCGCCUCGCCGGGCCUCAAGGAGCCGCCGCCGCCCAGGAUUCACCACGCGCCGCCGCCACCACCGCCACCGCCGCCGGCGUCGGCGCCACAGCCGCCUUUCGGCCAGGCCAACCUGGCUGAGUGGACGCCUCGGUCAACGCCGUCCAGCCAGGAACCUCUCUCCGCUAAUCCGGGGAUGCUGGGUUCCGGCGGGGAUUCAUCGGAUGCGGGCGUGCGCCCAGUGACGCCGCCAACGCCGGUGCUGGUCGAGGCCCAGAUCCGACGGCUGGCCGAGUCGGCGGAGCUCCUCGUACGCUCGCUCCCUCCGCACGCCUUCGUCGACCCCAGACCGCACGGCCGAAGGAUGUGUAAGGACCUAGAGCACGUGCUGAGCAUGUCCGAGGACGACCCGCGUCGGAUGGACGAGAUCCGAAAGUACGCUGCCAUCUACGGCCGCUUCGACUGCAAGCGCAAGCCCGAGAAGCCGCUCACUCUGCACGAGGUGUCGGUGAACGAGGCCGCGGCGCAGAUCUGCAAGCACAUUCCGGCGCUGCUCACGCGGCGGGACGAACUGUUCCCGCUGGCGAGGCAGGCGGUGCGGGACAGCGGUUACCCUUUCUCCAAGGGCCAGUCAAGUGCGGACGACCCUUGCAGGAGCCAGUGCUACGCCAAGUUCGAGGACGAGCCGCCGACCAGCAAACGCGCCCGGCUCGAGCCGCCGCUGGAGAAGGCGCACAUCGAGGAGGAGAAGAAGAAGCGACAGGAACGCCUGGAAGGCAUCUGCGAGCAGCUGCGACUGCUGGGCCGCCAGCAGGAGGAGCUCAAGGCUCGGCUGCAGGCGUCGCGAGACCUGCCGCCCAACGUGGGAGCCGUGCCGCAGCUCCAGUCCCAGCUGGAGCACAUCUCCACGCAGCAGAUGCAGCUCAUCAACGAGCAGAGCGAGCUCUCCAAGCAGCUGCGACGCAUCGACAAGUACUGUAGCAGCGCAGCGAAAGCCCAGUACGGCCGAUUGUCCUCCUGUUCAGAACAAGACAAAGCGGACACCGAUGACACUGAUUCACAGUUCUCGGCAUACAGCAACAACUCAUCGCCGACACUGAGUCACGACGCACAUGACUCACCCUCUCAGGACUCGAACCAGUCGAGCAACCUAGCUUCCUCUCAGCAGCACCAGCCUCCGCCGAGCGCCGCAGACGUUUUCAACAUGAAGAUGGCCAGCGUUAAGAAGACCUCGGCGCAGAUUACCAAGCAGCUUGUCCAGGAGACUCUUAUGGACGAGGGCCUCCGAGUCAUCAAGGAGCUGGCGUCGCAGAUCAAGUCUGAGGAAUCGAAUGCCCCCAACAGCCACUGCGCCACGGACCUGUCUUCGCCGCCGCCGCCACCGCCGCGGCCGCGCGGAAGACCUCCCAGGCUGGACCGGGGCGACUACGUGGGCACGUCCCGGAUGGUCCAGGGGGCUCCUCCGCCCCACCCGUCCCUGCAGAAUGGCCACGACCGACCAGGCAGCAACGGGCUCGACCUGCACCACCCCAAUGGCCUGGCACCGCCGCCGGCCGUGGACGAGGCAGCCGAUGCUGAGAACAGCCUGAACGCGCUGCUCGCUCUCUCCCAGAAGAGCUUGAUGAAGCAAGAGCCCGCGUCGCCCGCUAACAUUAAGAUGGACUAAGGCCAGUUUGUACGAGGCGCGGCAGUGACAUCACGCCAUACACGAUGACGCCUGUCCCUGGAAGUCACUCUUGUAGAGUCGCGGCAAGUUUUUUUCUUUAAGUGCCAGGAAUCGAUCUUACCUGAGACUGUGCUAGAUCCGCCGUCAUUCUGAGGUACAUGUGGUUGCUGCCGCCCUUAACACCGUGGCACGCUAACGUGGGUGUAGAACCCGCUACACCUAUAUCCAUUGGUCGAUGAGGCGUGGGCGUGCGUGUCCUCCGUCCUGUUUGGCCAGUCCUUCCCAGGUGCAUUAGGUGGCUUCUGUCAUCCAAGAGAAUUCGGGCGUUAUUUUUUGUGCUUGACAGUGUUAUGGGGUACAACAGUGAUGGCGUGUUUUUGUGUACCGAUUUCGUGGUGCACGGCUCGAAAUUGCAAUUUAUUUGUGAGAGCUUCAUAAAAAGAAAGGUCUAUACACGCCGAUUACAAACCAUAAAGGCGUGCACACUUAAGGUGUCACGGAGUUGUUAUAAAGCUGUGAGGUUAGUUGUGACAGCCCUGCAUGGUAUGCUUACCAGUGCCACGCUACAGCACGACAGCUGGCAUCACAACCUAAUAUUAAUGUAGUGGUGUCUUAAGUUAAACCCUCAAAUGGCUCUAGGAAGACUGGAAUGGCUUCUGUUUGGUGAAAGACUGCAUGCAGUUAAAAGGCCGUGUCAUCGAAGCACUGAUGUGCUCUGCCAUUUGUUUGCGUAAAAACGUGGAGGAAGAAUGCCUUUCAAGGUGUUGCGGGGACACGCUGAAGAACGCCUUCGAAUUCACAAAUAUUACUGGUUUUUCUUUGAAACCAGUGCGGGGUUCAAAGCAGCGACUGCGUCGGGCAAUGAACUGUCUUGGCUUGCCCAGAUCUCUGACGACAUCGAAGGCGUCCGGGGCGUUGCCGUAGCGCUUAGCCUAACAACCAUCAAAUAACCUCGCAUGUGGUGCCAUAUACCGCAAGUCGACUCGCUUCACAGCCAAACCCUGUCAUGGUUUUUCACCUAGUGUCAUGUGCUGGUGCUGUGCACUGGCUAAAUUCACGCUCAGUAUAGAAUCCACUGGGCUGCCAAGCUUCAGCUUGCUUGCGGACUGCGCUUGCGCGAUGGGCACGAUUGGUGAUGAGAUGCUGACAUUCCCUGUACAUCAACUCCUCCAGUUCUUUCAGCAUGCCGUGCCGGUGGCACAUUUAAAAAUGCCUAAAUGCUUAUCAUUCGGGUGGGAUGCAUAACUCUUUCUCGUGAGACGCGCAGUUGAGCAUAUUUGCCAGGAGAAAUAACAAUAUGCAGAAAUUUUGGCAGCCCUUGUGCUGCGCAGGCUUAGUCACGGACAGCUAAAUACCAGCACCUAUGUCCGCCGCUUAUGCUCUGUGUUAUGUUUGUUAAGGAUGAAAGCAUGGUGGCAAUGAUCACUGCAACAGUGUUCUGUCCACUAAUUCCCACCGCUCCCCACUUAAAUCUCUUGCAUGACGUUAUAACGAAGGUAAUAGCAUGCCAAGGAACUCAAAGCGUCGUUUCCAAGCAGAUAAUAUGAAACAAAGUUUGUGAUGUUUAUACAAACCUGCGCCAUUAUUAUCUCACCCUUAAGUUACUUAGUCGAUCUUAGUGAAUGUGUCGUAACUAAUAAGCGUUUUGCUAGUGUUUUCCAGCCUACAUUGAAUGGUCUCUGCCGCAGCAGCAACUGUGACAAAAACAAACGCUAUUGGAAUGUGCUCUUCGAUGUGGGCGCAUUGCUCUACGUUUGCGUGCUCCUUGAGCGAUCUGUCAGGCGCCUUUGGUCGUGACACAGUGAGUGUGGCGCGGAGGUUCUUCUUUUGCCGCUUGCUGUUUCAUUUUUAUAUUGCAAACGUGCAACAAGAGGUGCGGGUGCUGAUCCUGCGUGCUCCGGCGUGGCCUCACGAGAGAGCUGUUUGUUGGUGCCGCCGUUCACUUUUAAUAUUAACCAGGCCUCAUGAGCAACUGCGCCAUCCUUAGCUUUUCCCGUUUCGAGGUUUUCCCGGUGAUUCAUGCAGGACAUGGUGUAAAUACUUUUGUGCACGCUUAUCUCAAUUCCUGACCUUGUAGGAAAACUCGAGAAGGCAGCGAUUCCUAGAUGUAUUUAGCGUUCGUACUGCAGUAGAAUAUCCUUACAUACUCCGUUAUUAAAUUGAAUAGAACUUAUUCUGCAACAAAGACGUCAACAUGACCAGGCGAAAGAGCUGCAGGUCACAGCUUGAGGGGAAUCUAGUCACCUUAUACACAGGCCAGCUUCGUAGCUGUUGACCAAAAGCGCGGGUUUCACGCAAUGCUGUUAAUAAAAACAAGAAAUUCGCACAGAAAAACACAGAAGCCGCAAUCAGAUUGUAUAAACAAAUGAUCGCGGAUAGAUUUCAUACAGCUUCUUAAAAUAGGUAUGACAGGGAUGAAUCAAAAGAGAACAGAGCCCACGAUACAGAUUUUUCACCUAGUUUUCUUUAGAGGCAGCGCCGAUACAUCCAGAUCAUUUUAUCUGCGCAUUUGGUUCAGCUGUGCCGGUAAACAAAAGCUUAGCAUUUGGCGGUUGUAUCUUAGUUCCGCUCCUUUGUACAUUCCAAGGUUCUGGCUGGCGUAUGUCGUAAACGGGGAUAGGCGUCUGUGAAGACAAUUGUGUGAACGUGUCAUCGCUUUUAAUUUUUUCUUCUCUAUUUGAGCGACAAAGCCGAUACGUGAAUAACUAUUCGAUUUUCAUAACCCUAACGCUUGAAAAUAAAUGAGCUGUGCGACCGAGACAAGGUACUUUGGAGAAAAUACGUAUUGCUCUUUCUUGCAAUACAGUAAAUUUGUGCAUGUUUUCCGUUGAAGUUGAUUUCCAGACGAGGAUUGUGCUUUGAACUGAAGAAGAAAACGUUGAAUUAUUUGAAAGGAUAUUAAUGGAUGUAGGAAGAUAAUUGCCGUGGUGAAGCAUAGUGAAUAUAACUCUGGAUAGCUUACUAAGUGAUAAACAUGGCAGUCCUCUUUCUUAGUUUCAGAGAAAUAUAAGCCAAGUGACUUAAAUGACGACAUUUAUAUUUCGGUACUGCCUGAAUAUACGGGGAUAAUUGGAACUCUUUGUUACGAGGGUGACACAAAGUUGUCUUUCUUUUUGCUACAUUUACCGUAAGAUAAUUAUUUAUUAAUAAUUAUUUAGCACUUUAUUAGCUCGAUGUCACAUUUUGGUCCCGGAGUCACCUUGCACCGAAUCACUAUGCACUGGAGCCAGGCUGACCCGUUGUUCAUCUGCAAUGCUUGUAUCAUCUUUCGCAAGGAACAGUCUUCAGGAAGCAAAAUCGAUGGCUGUUUACUAGAGGUGGUCACGCCUAUAUAGUAAUUUCUACUACGUCCUGCUGUGACAGCAGCGUUGUGAUAAGGGAUCCGUGCGCUCAGACGUACGCUAGUCAGUGCUCAAGUUCCGCGCUGCAUUCGUUCCAGCCUUUGUCAGUUGUCGCUGAUGACUUUAACGCAGAGUAUAAAUUUGAUUAGUUCGCAAGAAAGUAGCUUGAAGGCCAAAGCAAAUCUUUAGGUAUUUAGGUGACAUUGUCGCUUUUUGUACGUCGCUCCAGAAGUGACACAGCAACGUAGCACUCCUCGUCAAUGCUAGGUCACGAUGCAUAAGUCUGUUGCCGCCUAUUGUCAUGCGUUGCCAAGUAAUGCUCGUAGCAAAAUGCUUGAAAAAUCUUCCCGAAAACGCUUCAUAUCGCGCAGGAAUAAAUGCUUCAGCGCAAACCUUGUGCUGAGACCUUGUGCGAUUCCCCUUGCAAUGCAAUGAUUGUUGCAUGGCGAACAGGAGAUAAAUUAUAUGUAGACGACUGCGCACCCCCCCCUCCCCCCACCAUAUGUCUACGUCGUCGGCCGCGUGGUCGUGCAAAGAACAUCGAGAUAGCAUCGCGAUUCUGGGUAGCGGAAGUGCCAGGGAAGUUGGAUGUGUUUCACGAAAAGAGCGCGAAAGAACAUACGAGGCACGCGCUCAUGGUCACGUGAAUUUCGUUUCUCGUGGAAUGUACAAGUAAUCCGGGAAGAACGAGAGCCAUGCACAUAGGUUGUCAUAAGGUGAGCAUGGUAAGCCGAGCAAGCAUCAUUGGAACGUGGCGUGAUCCUUAUUAAAGGGCUAUGCCUCGAACACAUAGCGCAUGGUUUGCUGGCUGACUGCUGGGAAUCGCUCCAUUCAAUGAGAUAGACUUAUCUCAGCAGCAGAAUGCCCGUGUUUUUUAAACUCUGAUGCCUACAUUAGUCUAUAGGAGUUCACAGUCAUGCGUCCGAGAGUGGUUGUGUGGGUAAAACUGCGCUUCAUUUUUUAUUAUGUACUUGGUACAGAAAUACCACUGACUGAAGCUCAUUUCUUUACAGUAGCGUUUUCUACGUCGCAGUACUUCCUCUUGGGCUAGU